GGGCGCCGGAAGCGCAGGGCGGGGCGGCUGGCGGCCGUGCGCGUGAGCGGCUCGGGACAGCGGUCCCCUGGGCGCGGCUCAGCAUGGGCCUCCUGAGCGAGGCGGCUCGCUGCCUGGUGCGGGGCGCCGACCGCAUGAGCAGGUGGACCAGCAAGCGGGGCCCGCGCACCUUCUACAAGGGCCGCGGCGCCAAGGGCACCGGCGUCCACGGCCGCGACGGGAAGUUCGUGCUGGUCAAGGAGAUGGUCCCGGAGCUGGUGGUGCCCGAGCUGACCGGCUUCCGGCUCAAGCCGUACGUGAACUACCGCGUCCCGGCGGGCACAGACCAGCCCCUGACGGCCAAGCAGCUGUUCCGGGAGGCGGUGGCACCUGCCAUCGAGAAGGACUUCAGGGACGGCGCCUUCGACCCACAGCAGCUGGAAAAGUACGGCUUCGAGCCCACCCAGGAAGGCAAGCUCUUCCAGCUGUACCCCAAGAACUUCCCGCGCUAGGGGUCCCCGGGGCUGACCCCGGCGGGAUGGAAGCGUGCAGCAGGGCCGGCCCGGGGACCUGGAAGCCGUCGUUCCCCGCCCACAGCGUCUGCGGCACAGGGAAGGCGGUUCACACCCCACCGUCCAUCACCCGGAGUCAAAGGAGCAUAUUCAUGGGGUCAAAAGCAACGGCUCUGGCGGGCGCACCUCCAGUAAUCUAGCCUCUUUCCCCUUUGGCUUCACCCAUUCAGUGCAGAGUCCCUCGGGCCUCUUGUGUUCUGCCCAACAUUUCAUUGAUCCUUGUGUUAAAUACCUUCAACCCUACAGAUGGGUCCAAAUUCUUCUACUGAAAUAAAUGCAUUAGCUAGGAAUCCA